AUGGCUUCAAAGCACUGGAAGCAACUGAUUGCCGAAAAACGGGAACGACAGGCUGCCACGAUUCCUAAAGAAUGGAUUUUAACUAAUCUUCCACCCAAAGAGGCACUCAACGUUAUUGACUUUCCCGAGAAGAGUGGCCUAUUGACAGAUAAGGAGCUGGAGAUAACUUCGGCGCAUGUAGAGGUCCUUUUAGAGAAAAUAUCAACUGGCAUAUGGUCUUCUGUAGAGGUCACUACUGCCUUUUCCAAACGAGCGAUUAUCGCUCAUCAACUCGUUAAUUGUCUGACCGAGAUAUUUAUUGAAAGGGCUUUGGAAAAAGCAGCAAAGUUAGACGAAUACCUCAAGAGUACCGGAAAGGUUGUCGGUCCUUUACACGGGCUUCCGAUAUCGUUGAAAGAUCAAGUCAGUAUCAAGGGUAUAGAGUCUACUUUAGGCUAUGUUUCUUGGAUCAACCACUAUGCAGAGAAGAACUCUGUUUUAGCUGAUAUUCUUGAAGCAUGUGGAGCUGUUCUAUAUGUGAAGACUAACAUACCCCAGACUCUGAUGUGGCCAGAAACCUUCAAUUACGUCUUUGGUCGUACACUAAACCCUUUCAAUCGCUCUUUGACCUCGGGAGGGUCAUCUGGCGGUGAAGGCGCUCUCAUUGCUCUCAAAGGAAGCCCUUUAGGCAAAUUUUGUGACAUUUCUUUGAUUUCUAUUCGCAUACCCUCCGCUUUCAAUGGACUAUACGGCCUUCGACCUUCUUAUGCACGUGUACCGUACGCUGGGUGUGUAAAUUCCAUGGAGGGUCAAGACUCCGUACCGUCAGUUCUGGGUCCUAUGUCUACCAGCUUAGAGGGUGUAAAGAGUUUUAUGAAAGCUGUGGUAGGGCAAACACCUUGGCUUAAGGACCCUUUGGCAGUCAGAAAGCCAUGGAGUGAGGAAGAAUACCAGCUUAGUGAUCACGGAGGCGACAAAAAGGCUCUGGUUUUUGCAAUCUUAUGGCACGAUGAACUCGUUCUUCCCCAUCCGCCUGUGACCAGAGCUUUGGAACACACCAAGACUGCGUUGAUUGAUGCAGGACAUAAAGUUCUCGAUUGGAAACCACUCAAACAUUCUGAUAUAUAUAGAACGAUUGGCGGGAUCUGGUCUUCCGGCGCAGCUGAAGAUUAUCGUGUGGCUACCCAACCUACCGGAGAGCCUGUUGUGGCAAGCAUGAAACCAGGCGUCGAAGAUCCCGACCAUACUGAUCCGGAGAUUCCUCCCUUCCGGCCGUUGGCUGAUGGUAUAUCUGCAUUCCAACUUUGGCAAAUACAAAAGGAACGCAGGGAUUUACGACAGGAGUAUAUGGAUCACUGGAAUGCGACGGUUAGAUCUACGGGUAGCGGAAGACCCAUUGAUGCAAUUAUUUCCCCAUGUGCGGCGUAUGCAGCUCCUCCCCAUGGCAUGAACAAAUCUGCAAACUAUACUAUGGUCUGGAAUGCGCUUGAUUACACUGCUCUCGUUAUUCCUACUGGUCUUUCCGUUGACCCAGUCUUGGAUGCAAAGAAACCGCCGCACGAGUUCUUCGGCGACCUUGACAAGGCCAACUAUGAAUUUUACGAUCCGGCUACCUUCAAGGACGCUCCGCUCUGUAUACAGGUAGUCGGGAGAACACUUGAAGAGGAAGGAGUGAUUGCAAUGGGCGAAGUCGUUGAUGCUGCGUUGAAAGUAAAGUUUAUGAACUCAAAGCUAUGA